CUCAUUACCAUUCGUCGAUAAAAUUUUGAAUCGUAAUUAGUUGUGAAACGUGCCGCGAGAGAUGGAAGAGUCGAGAGAGAGAUUGAGAUAGAUUCAAAUUAUCCCAAAUAUAUGUUUCUCUCAAUUGUUACUGUCUAAAUAAGUGAAUUUUAUUAAUGAAAAAUGAUCGCGAAUUUUUUCCCGUAAAGCAUCAGAUGUUUGCAUAAAACUUUGCUUACACAAUCGCUAUUAUGUAUGACAAUAUCGCGAUUUCGGCGAUUUCGCGAUCGAUGUCAUCUUCGAAUAAUUUUCACGUUAGCAGGCGCUAGGAUGGAGAAACCGGCAUGCAAGUAAACGCUUUGAAUACAUAUAUUAAACAUGAAUAUGUAUGUAAUCUUAUUUAAUUUCACGUUCAAUUUAAGAAUACUAUUUCUAAGAAUAUUAUUAUCUAGAUUCUUUGAAGAAGAACCAAAUCAAAUUUUCCUGUAACUGCAAUGAUAUUCUCUUAUAAUAUCGAUAUACAAGGGUUGUCCAUAGAGAAACCGAACUUUAAAAAAGUGACCGAAUACGAUGAUUUGGUGCCAUUUGCUUUGUGGCACUAUGUAGUGGGAUUCUUUUCAAGCAACUUUUUCAUACCACGAGCAUGACGCUAUCGUUCUUAGUUAACGUUUUAUGGUGGUUUGAAUGAGGUUGUGUUCGGCGUUCGUAGCGAUUUUCUAGACGUGGCAAUUUUUUUUUUUUUUUUUUUUUUUUUUCUAGAAUUUCUUACAGAGUUUAAGAUGAGAGGUAUUAGUGAGAAAGAAGUGGCCGGAAGCGUGGACCAGCAAUUCAUCGAUGCUGCAUCACGACAAUGCACCCGCACACGCGUUGUUCCUUAUCAAAGAUGAGUUUUUGGCAAGACACGCGACGAUUGUUGUUCAACCACCUACUCUGCUUUCUCACUGCCUCUGUCAAACUUUACAAGAAAUUAAGAAGAAAAAAAAAACGCCACGUCUAGAAAAUCGCCACGAACGCCGAACACAACCUCAUUCGAACCACCAUAAAACGUAAACUAAGAACAAUAGCGUCAUGCUCGUGAUGUAAGAAAAAAGAAUCAUCGCACUCGAGCGCUUUUUUAAAAGUUCGGUUAUUUUAUGGACAGCCCUUGUAUAUGAUAUAAUAUAAAUUUGAUAUUUUAAUAUUGGCCAUUCUACAAGUUACAAUUAAUGAUUAAAUUUAAACCGCAUUUUUAGAAACGGACAUUAAUUACCAAAUAAGAAUGAAAAGGAAAUUAAACUUUAUUCUAUAAACAGUAAAGAAUAUUAUUAGCUUUCUUGCAUCUUUUCUUCUCUAUUCAAUAUUCUUCUUCUUUGUGUGUGUGUGUCACCAUAUUUGGCGACCUAAUUAGAUAGUUGGAAAGUACAGUGCACCGCUGUUACAACGCGAUAUUAUUGCGGUGCAAUGCGGCCACAAUGUCGGCGAACGCGUUGGCGGCAAAUUAUCCGAGCAAUUACCUUGGCGAGCAGAAAAAUGUCUGCAAAGGUGAUAGUCGCAAACUCGAAGAUUGAGACGUAAAAAAGAAACGUUCGAACAUUUUCUUUACGAUUUCGUAAUAUGCUUGGAAAACUGCAUGCAACUUCUUAGCACACGAUAUUUAGAAUUUUUCAGAGAGAAAGUUGAUGCGCACGCAUUCACGGAAUUUGUCACCAAGAUUAGUCAAUCAGGCGGUGUUCGAAGAUACUUUUAUUAAAUGCAGACGAACUUUCCCAUGUCAUGGAAUCCUUCUUUUAAGUGGGUAAUCGAUUCAAAAUGAAACCCGCCGUCAUACAAUCGAGAGUGGAGAAAGGAAGAUUUGUUGUAAUCGGGCGCGUUUUCGUCGCCCGGAGCGAUUCCGAGAGGAUUUUAGCUGCUUAAUCAGAAAGUAACGUUUCAUGAUGGGCGCAGAUCGAGCGAAGCAUACUUCGCCGGAGGAAAAUACCGAGAGAAGAAGUGGGUUCCUUAUUCGUAACGUUCACCGUUCUAUCUGGUGGCUGUCUCCCACCUGACGGACCACAAGAACUCUUCCCACAUCGGAGAAGUAAAACUCUCGGACCUUUUCUGAUCUUCAACAGUUCCGAACUCGUUCUCGUCGACGUGCGAACUCGUUAAACUCAACUGGCAGCUUAGGCUCUUCCUGAUCUCUCGCCUCUUCUCAACUACGGGAAGCAAGUAAGGAAGGAAGGAAGGAAGGAAGGAAGACGCGCUGCGCUUGAAUUCAAUGCUAGUAUCUUGGAAAACGCGCAGGAGACGAGAAUUUCUUCUGCGCCAUUAGACGAGAACACGAUACUGAUAAGAUCGAAGAAGUUGAAACAAACGUUAAGACAAUAAGGGGAACGUCAUCUGCACAUCUGAUCUCAGCGAGAUAAUUAAAAGAAAGAAAAUUCUGAUGUACCGGAAUUGGUGAAAUUCGAAGAAGAAUACAACAGGUGCUUCGUCGUGGUGUGAACGUCGAGAUUGAGAGCCAGAAAGAAAAUUAUUUUCCGCGAUGAAGCGAAGAUAUUUGUGCGUUCUAUGGACCGCGUUGAUACUGCGAGUGGACAUCUUCAUAGCUGCUGAAGUCGAUCCUGCAAUUUUAAAUCCCGAUUUACCGCAUUUUCAACAGGGUCACAUUGUGCAUGAUCCGCGACCUCGUCUCUCGGUUUCCCAGCAAGCUCAGAUACUGAGCGAUGUGCAGCAACAUCAACAACAAUAUCGGCGUCCCACGCAAGAUUCCAAAAACUCGCGGGUAACGUCCUUUCCCCCGUAUGAUCAAGUACAAUCCAGCACGCCGUACGCUUCCUUGGCUAAAUACAAGGUCGAUCGAACAAAGCAGCAACAAUUGCAGCAAUUACUACAACAACAACAGCAGGUGCAACAACUUUUACAACGACAACAACAAAAGAUUGCUCAGCAAUUUAGUGCUUCGAAUUUAGUGAACGGCGGCGGUUCAAUUCAGACACCGCAAUUCCAGCAGCAACAAUAUAAUAAUGGCCAAUACAACCAGAAUGGCUUCCAAAAUCUUCAUCAAGACUUGUCGCAACCACUGUUUAGCGAUCAGCAGACGGUGCAGCUGCAAGAAUAUCUCGAGAAACAACGCGAGCUGGAACUGUUGCAAAAACAACGACAGCAAUUGUUGUAUGAGCAGCAAGAAUUGCGCAGGCAGCAAGAGCUGCUACGACUUGAGCAACUAAAGAAGCUCACGUCCACUACGGCACCUCUAUCAACCGCGACAUCGGCCCCGAUUGUUGUCAGCACGACUUCCGCGCCAUUGCUGCUAUCUUCGCCAAAGGCGCGACGAAUCACACCAUCGGAAGCAGAUCUUUUUCUUAAGGCAAUUGCUAAUCAUCAGAAAAAAUAUACAACGGCAAUACCAACAACGAGUACAACGACCACUACUACCACAUCUUCGCCAUCCAAUAAACUCCAUCUAAUAAACUCCAAGACUCACCAGGAGAUACCGGAGAAUCUACUCAGUCUUAUUCAGGACCAAGAAAAUCGAUCGGCGCAGCAGAACAAACUGAAACCGCAGAUCAAAGUGAUCUAUCAAACCGAUAAACCGAGUUCUACGCAACAAACUUCCAGCGGUAAAAGCAGAAGCUCCCAACAAUCCGCGGUUUCUGAAAGGGAAUUGUUGCUAAAGCAGCUCAAACUUGCUCUGGCUCAGUCCGGCGACAAUGAUGACAUCGUUAGAAAUGUCACUACCAGAGAUCUGAUAUUGCCGAACGGCAAAAAGAUUCAGGUUAUUCAUGCGCCGAACGGUUUGUCCUCCAUUACACCGUCGACCGGCAGUUCAACCCUUCAGACAUCGGUUCUGCUAUCCUCGACGACAACCACCAUCAAGCCGCCUAAGGCAAUCUUUGAAGAGUUAACAAAGGGCGGCGUGCUGCCGCCAGGCGCCGAUUUCGAGAUUAUCCGACAGAAGAGCGACGGAAAGCUCGAGGAAAUCGGCAAGACACCGAUCAUUCAGAAUCCGGCGAAGAAGGUCACGUUUGUCGUGUUAGAAGAGCAGUCGGAUGGCAGUUACAAAGUGCAAGGUGUCAAAGGCAACGCCAAUGACAAGGAAAGCGGCACCGAUGUCGAGUCCAUCGUUGAAAGAAUAAAAAAAGGCGAAUUGAAACUACCACCCAGCUCAUUUGUAUCGACUACCCAGCCUUCCACGCUCGAACAUUUCGAGUCCAGCUUCGAUCCAAAUUUAGUGUCGACUGAUAUAUCCAGAACGUCUCUUCAAUCUAUCAGCACUUCGGCGGCGACCUUCAGACCUACCACUCUUAGAUCCACCUCAAAACAUAGCGAAAGCAAGUCAACAACGACGGAUUAUUUUCCUUACGUUACGGUAUCACCAAACUCUGUGUCCACGACCGACAAAUACGUGACCUCGGCAUCUAGUGUCACGGGCCACGUAUACAACGCAUUAAAUCCCAGUCCAACCAAGACGAGCUUGUCAGAUCACAUUCCACGUGUGACCACCAAGUAUUCAUCGUCCACUAAGGGCCAAUUUAUCCCGACGAUGGCGCCGGUGAACGAAAUCGUGACUACAGUGACGCCGACAACCUCUUACAUACAUUUUUCUAGACAACCGUCGACGGAAGCCUCGUCAACGUUGAGAGCAUCAUCUCACAGCACCUUGCAAUCUAGUUCGCAGAACGGGAAUAUCGUUUCUCAGGAAAAGGACUAUGAAAGGACUACCGUGUUGCCUUCGACGAAAAUUCUGUCGGAAAGUUUAGCCACGCUGUUGAGGAGAGAGGGUCUUUUCGCUAUGGCAAAAUAUCUGAGGCAAUCAGGAUUAGAUAAUGUGUUGAAUGAAACUGGUCCAUAUACUGUAUUCGUCCCUACAGACAAGGCAUUCAGGACGUUAUUAGUGCAGCUGGGAGGACCAGAGAAAGCUGAGGAGAAGUUUCACGAUAAUCCGAGACUCUUAAGUGGGCUCCUCCUUCAUCACGUUAUACCAGGAGCUUUCAGGAUCGACUCCCUGCAGGAUGAGAUGACCGGUGUCAGUCUCGCUGGGACGCAAUUACGAGUAAAUGAAUACGCGAUGCAGGAUCACGAGUGGAAUGAUAUAAAAGUAACGUCGAUAAACGGGGCACGCGUCGCACCCAACAAACGGGACAUCGAGAUUCCUCAAGGUAUCGCUCAUGCUGUCGACAGGGUCAUGUUCCCGCUUCCGGUCGGAGAUUUGGUGCAGACUCUGCAAGCCGAUCGUGAGAGGAGAUUCACUAUGUUCCUCAGAAUGCUUCACAUGUCAGGCUUAGAGGACACACUCGCGGGACCGAAGACAUUCACUAUCUUUGCACCGAUCGAUUCCGCUUUCACCGAUGCGUCCGUGAAAAAUGGCGCGUCAAUCUGGACGGAAGAGGACGGUGCGGAAGCAGCAAAAGCUAUAAUCUCGCGGCAUGUAAUUCCUACAACUCUUUACACAGCGGGUAUGAGGUAUUACAUUCAAAAGGAUACCCUUCGUCCGCAGUCGCCAGUUCAUAUUCACAAAAAUGGUGGACGAGUACGGAUAAAUGAGGCACACGUUGUAACUCAUAAUGUGCCAGCAACGAAUGGAGUGUUGCACGCUAUUGACGGAAUUCUGUAAAUUUUUGCGGUUUGAAUGAUGAGUAUGUGAAUCAACGAUAUCGAAUUGCAGCGUAGGUUGCAAUC